AUGAGAAUUACCAGAAAAACCAUUAUAACCAAGAAUAAGAAUAUUAGCAAUUUCCCACAAUUGGAAUCUAUCUUUACUGGAGGACAUUGGUUUACUGAGCCAAAUAUGAUUACGUUUUUCAUAAGAUUUGAGAACAACCAGAAUCAACUAAAUUUUGAUUUAUCUUCGAUUAAUGCCUCUUUAGCUCUUGGCAACGAAAAGGUUUUGAUGAAUGGAGAUAUGAAUGUUUUUGAUGAUCACGGUCUAUUUACAACAGUAUCAAUGCCUAGUAUUGGUCAUUGCCGUAGUUACUAUUUUGAAUUAUUUACACCGGAUGGUUAUAAUCGAUGGCCAAAGAAAAAUGUAUUAUACACAAUUGAAGGUGGUAGAUGUCUUAUGCCAUUAAAUGAGUCGCUUGCGUGGUUUUUAUUUAUAGUUGACUUGGCGAUUGCACUCGCCUAUUUCACUAUUCCGGUUCAACUGAUUUAUUUCAUGAGAAAAGCACCAAAACUACCAUUUCCUCUAGUAUUUGCUUUAUUUUCAGCCUUCAUAAUAUUAUGUGGAGCAACUCACGUAGUGGCCGCAUGGAUGCCUUGGAAUCAAUCCUAUGUUAUUUCUGCAAUAAUAAAAGUUAUUUGUGCUGUAGUAUCUUUGAUAACUGCUGGAGCUUUAGUAAUCAUCAUUCCUAAAGCGUUGGAAUUACCUCUAUUAGCUGCUCAAUAUAAAGAUGAAAUUUCUUCAAGAUUAUUAUCCGAAAGAUUUUUACGUGAUGAAAAUCAAUUAAUGUCCAAUUUUCGACGUGUAAUUCAUGCUAUACGUGAAAUCUUAUCAAAAAAUGUGAUAUAUGAUAACACUGUGUCUCAACUUUAUGAAAUACUGGAUGCUGAUCGAUGCCAAAUAUUUAUAAUGAAAACUCGUGUUGGUUGUUGGGAAUGUGUACAAGAUUCUAAUCAAAUGUUUCAACAAAAAUACAAUACGACAAAUUCUCAGUUAAAUCCAAAUAGUUUAAUGAUUAAAAAUAUGUUUAAAAAUAACGUCACAUCACAUCUUAGUUCCAAUGAUACCGAGUUAUAUGACCUAUAUAUCGAUGGAGAUUAUGAUAAUCUGGAUAGGGUAAUACUUGUUCCAAUAUCAAUGUCAGAAAAAGAACACGGCAUCAUAAUUUUACAACGAUGGAAAGUUUCAAAUAUUUCUAAAAAUAAAUCACGUGAAGAUUGGACAUCAACUACUUUAACAUUUUUAUCCGAUUUAGCCGAACAAAUAUCUAUUGCUUUGACUCAAUCCAGCCUAAUAGAACAAGACAAAGCACGUAUUAGUCAAUUGGCUGAAAAAAAUGAAGCAUUGGAAUUGGCCAGAAAGGAAGCUUCUGCAAUACAGGUAAUAAUCAAAGCACACCGUGAAUUUCUUGCGGUAAUGUCUCACGAAAUGCGCACACCUUUAUAUGCAAUAUUUGCUUUAACUUCAAUACUGCUUGAAACGCCUAGUAUCUCAGAUCAUAGUGAAAUGAGAGAAAUGCGUGAUUUGUUAGAGAUUAUUAAAAAAAGUGGUGAUAUGUUAAUAGCAAUAAUCAACAACGUCUUGGAUUUUUCAAAAUACGAAGAAGAACAUCUACAUCUCGAACGAAUUCCAUUCUGUGUACAAGAAGCCAUAGAAACUUCUUUGGAUAUAGUUUCACUACAAGGACAAGAAUCAUCCAGACCAAGAAUUAAUUAUUUUAUUGAUAAAAAUGUUCCUUAUAAUGUUGUUGGUGAUAUGACUAGAUUCAGACAAAUCAUUGUAAACUUAUUGUCAAAUGCUUGCAAAUUUACUCAGGCUGAUGGAGAUGUCAUGAUUAAAGUGGAUAGCGAACAUGUGACGAUUAAUGGUACUAGGAAAGUCAAAGUUAUAAUAGAGGUGACUGAUACAGGAAUUGGUAUAUCAAAAGAAGUAUUACCAAGAUUAUUUGAAAAAUUCUCACAAGCAGAUGCCAGCAUAACGCGCAAAUAUGGUGGUACUGGUUUAGGAUUGGCAAUAGUAAGUAAAUUGAUUAAGUUGAUGGAUGGUGAUAUACGUGUAGAACCAAACACUCAAGAUAAAUCUGGCACAAUAAUGAUAUUUCAUGUAUACCUCGAAGAAGACCCAAAUUCCCCCUCAUACCCAACACUAUCACCAACUAAAACUUCAAAAUCAAUUUGCGUGCUGGAAAAAUAUAAUUCCAAUAGGAUUGGACUAAAACAAAUACUGCGGCAAUGUGGUUCUCAAAAAGAACCAAUCUUUUUUAAUAGUUUCACAGAACUUAUUAAAUUUAAAAAUUCCUAUUUCGAUUGUGACGACAAUGACAAUGAUGGGAUGAACGGUGAAAAGGAAAAAAUUAAUUUAUUGAUUAUCAAUCUAAAACUAUUAAUAGAUAAUAACGAGUUGGAUUUAUUUAAAGCAGAGUUGAAGGGAGGGCUGAGGCUGAAAAAAUGGUCGAUAAUGAUAUUAGUUAAUUCUUCAUUACAAACAACAUUUAAAAAUCUCAAGAUAGAAGGUGUAAAUAUUGUCUACUCUUCAUCACCUGUUAAAUUUAAACCAAUUAAAUUACAUGAUGAUAACGAUGUUAGUAUUGGUGGUACUAGUAGUAGGAAUAAAAAACGUAGAACGAUGUCAUCAAAUAACAACAACAAUGAUAAUAAAUCACAAAAUGAAAUAUUUAAAAGUAAAAAACAACAAAGAAAUUUAUCGUUGUCAUCAACAAAUUCUGAAAGAUCACUAUUAAAUAAAACAUUAAAAAAACAGUCAUCAUCACCGUCACCAUCAAUAUGUUCAAAUAUUUUGCCCAGUAUAAAAACCAGCAAUAUAAUACCGGUAUCAUCGUCUAUAAAAAUAACGCAACAACCACCAAUCACACCAGGAUUGUCUUCUUCACCAAUAAUCUCAUCAAGUUUUUUUAACAUAAACGGCAAGCAUAAUAGUAAGGAUGAUUUUGGAUUGCCUAAAUUAGCGAUAUUAGUCGUUGAAGAUAAUCAAAUAAAUCAGUUGGUAACAUCACGAAUACUUUCUAAAUUGAAUCAAAAAUGCGAAAUAGCGGGUGAUGGUAAAACCGCAAUAAAAAAAUGCGAUGAAAAGAUAUAUGAUGUUAUAUUUAUGGACAUUUCAAUGGCUGAUAUGGCGAAUGCUUUAUGGCAUGAUAGAUUAAAUUGUAUUGAAUCAGGAAUGAAUGAUUUUGUUUCAAAACCUGCUAGAAAAGAAGAUAUAAGAGAUGCGUUAAUAAAAUAUGUGAAUCAAGCCAAUUCUAUCCCGCAACAAAAAUAA